CUCGCACGUGACAUGCGCCUGACUGAAAGAAAAAACGGAGUUUACCUCAGCGCCGAAAACGCAAUGACGUUGUCUCCCAAGAAAUACAUUAUUCUCAAUCUUCCACCGUCCGAUCUCCUUCCACGUCAUCGAUCCGUGUCGUCCCGCGUCUGGACGGCUGGGAUCGAAGUUGCAGAAGCUACUGGUUCAACGAACGAGCAAGCUCGUCUCUUCCCCGACCUGCACCCUUCUUCCCCUUUUGCGCUCUCCAAUCCUAGUUAUUUCAGUUGAUAAUUUUAUCUCCAAUAAAGAUAGGAACUCCCUUCCAGUUGUUCGAUUCUCCCAUCUCUCUCUCUCUCUGAUCUUUCCCGUUUCAACAUGAAAUUCACCGAGCUGGAAGGAGUAAUUUUGAAGGAGGUUGAGUCCGAGGAGGAGCUGAUGAUUCCGGCGGUCGACGACGGCGAGGCGGAGGAACAAGCCGCCGUUGUUGAUGAGGACGAUGAUGUCGAGGAUGAUGACGGCGAAGACGACGAUGACGAUGAGGACGACGAAGAUGAAGAAGACGACGACGAUGAUGAGGGCGUUGACGACGAGGAUUCCGAGCAGGCCUUGCCGUCUUCUGACCCUCCUGUCGUCCACAGCGUCGGCGACGAGGACGAUGAGGAAGAUGAGGACGACGACGAAGAUGAAGGUGGAGACGAUGAUGACGACGAUGACGAUGACGACGAUGAUGAGGACGAGCAAGGAGAGAAGGAUCUGACUACCGAUUACCUCCUCCGACCGGUGGGGCGCCCAGAAGAAGAGGAAGAUGCAAGUGAUUUUGAACCUGAAGAGAAUGGCGAGGCUGAGGACGAGGAAGUCGAUGAGGACGAUGAAGAAUUGGGCAAAUCAGCUGGUUCAACGAAGAGGAAGAGGGCGAGCAAGGAUGAAACCGAUGACGAUGAUGACGACGACGACAACGAUGAUGAUGGUGGGGAGGACGACGUGAGGCCAUCAAAGCGAUGAUAUAAAACCGUGGUUUCUUGUGUUGAUGUAUUAAUUUUAGGGUUGUGACCAAAGUUUAACUCUUUCUUAGGGGUUAUUCUCUUGUGCUGAAAUGGACUUGGUAUAAAGGGGACUUACUGUGGCUGUUAGAAUGGCCACAUAUGUAACCCAAAUGCCUGACCAAGUUGUCAUCCGUGGCCUGUCACGGAGUAGUAGACUUGGUUGGUUAUGUUGUUGUAGCUUGUAGUUAGGGAUUUUAUUCAAGCUUUGUUUUCUUCAUCAUCUCUGAGCUCAAGCUUUGAAAUUUUCUUAGUUGCUUGACUUCACACCUCACCUCAUUCGCUCGAUUUGAAUAAUGGUGAUUGUUAUGGGACAUUAGUGAUGGCAACGGGGCGGGUGGGUACGGGCCGGGUCGAUCCAUUCUAACAUGUUGUUAAAAAAAUACAAGUAAAUUUUACUUUUUAAAAUAGAAAAUGUAGGGAAAAACACUUUAAGAAUGAAAAAUAUUGAUAAUAGAAUGAAUAAUUGAGCCUAACAAGUUGAAAGAUCGACUCUAACUAGUUGAAGAAAAGUCAAAAAUAGGAGAAAUAUGUAUAGAUAUUGUAAGAAAUUGAGAUAAAAUGUGUCUAGAACAGGGCGGGGCGGAAGUAGAUACCCAUGCCCCGCCCCACGCUACUGCGGGUCGGGUAAUACCGGCCCUAACGCGGGUCAGGUCGGGUAAUACCCGCGGGGCGGGUUGAAAUUGCCAUCACUAUGGGACAUUCCAAGUACCACAUUGGAAAUACAAGGAAGAAACACUUGUAUAUUAGUGUCCACCUAGCCCAAUUAGUACGAGGCCUUUUUGGGGAAACCGAGCCGUCCGAUUAGUACGAUAUUGUCCUCUUUGGGCCAAGGCCACACGGUUUAACUUUUGAGUUUCCUCCCCAAAGGGCCUCGUACUAAUUUGGUAGGUGGACUCUAAUAUACAAGGGUCCAUCCCUUGUAUUACUGGUGUGGUACUUGGAUUGUCCCCUAACAAUCCUCCCCUCAAGACAAGGACCACAAACAUCGUGUCCUCACCUCAGCGAUUAUCUUGAUCUGCUAGACACCUUUUAUCGAUGAGCUUCUCAGUACAAGGAUUUUCCCAAACGCGGAUCUCUCCUAGAUGCGCCAAACCAGAUGUGGAUCUCUCCUAAAUCCACCAAACCAGAUGCAGCCCAGAAGCGGAACUCUCUUUUAUCCGCCGGAACGCGGACCCAAAGCAGACAAUAUCGUACUAAUUGAGCACACCGGUUUGACAGUGGUUUUCAAGUAUGGCCAAUUCGAGCUUAUCUUCUCCCAAUCGCAGUAGGUGAAUGGUUGAAGUAUGAGAGUCGACUACCUUUCUACAAUGCCUAUGUUUGGCACGACUUUUAAAUGUACCAUUCGGGUUCAAAAGCUAAAGCAGAGCCAAACACCUCUAAAAGCUCGGCUUUUGAAAAGUCGAAAAACUUUUUGCAUAACAUAAAUGCAUAAUCUUCGAUUUGGAGUUUCGACGAGAAGAUGUUUUGAAAAUACAAGAUUAUCCUUACCAUAUUUUAAUUUAUUUCAGAAAAUAAUUUUCUUUCAUGUAUAUCAUUUUAAAAAUAAAAUCAUAUUAUUUAAUAUAAAAGAAGUCUUAUAAGAUCCAUUUUGACUACAUUUUAUUGUUUAAAAUUAUUAUUCAUAGUUUAUAUUAUAAGUCCUUAUAGUCAUUUUACACGACCUCUCAUAUUAAAAAACAUUUAUAAUAGUUUUUCAGCCAAACACUCAACAGUUUUUUUUAAUAGUAUUUCUCUAACAUACCGUUUGGUAUAAAUGAAUUCCAUAAGUUUUGAGGAAUUCAUUUUGAAAUGAAACAUUUUUGUGUUCGAUAUUUAACAGAAUUCAUUGAAAUUGGAACUAGUUAUAGCAAUUCCGAGGAAUUGAGAUGGAAUUUCCAAAUGAAUUCCACUAGUAUUUACCAAUUAUAACAAAAUGUUAUAAUUAUU